CGUCGGCUCACCUGGAAGCUACGUAUGGCAAGGAAACGUCCACGUCACCUGGACGAACCCUGAUGUUGAGUUUGACAUCCAGAGAAGCGCCUUCCCCGACCUAGAUCGCAGGAACAUUUAUAUAGGUUCACUGUCCCUUUAAAUCACACUCAGACCUUAACUCAUGCACAUGAAACAUGUAUUUUCAGACCCAGUAAGCAGAUCAUCAUCAGUAAUGUGUUUUCUCAGUAUCAGUGAUCAGUCAGACAGCAGAUGUGUACCAGACGGAGGGUAAAAUCUGAACUGUGUUUUCAGGAUAUUCAGUCACUCAGGCUCAUCGUGUUCUCUCUAAGGAUGAUGAAACCAUCGUAACAGGCGCUCCAAAGGACAGUAAAAACGAUGCUCGUGGCUCAGUCCUGCUGGCGGUCAAACGUUCUGGUAAACUGGUGAUCGAGCAGAUGCUCCGCGGCCAGCAGACGGGUUCCUACUUUGGUAACGCCGUGGCAACCGCCGACCUCAACAACGAUGGGUGGAACGACCUGCUGGUGGGCGCUCCUUUCUUUUUCCAACGUCAUGAGGAGAAGGGUGGGGCCGUUUAUGUAUACAUGAAUAGAGGAGGGAUGUUUGAUUCUGAGCCUAGCAUGGUGCUGAGGGGGCCGGCCGGGUCAGCCUUUGGUAUGGCUAUUACUGCCGCUGGAGACCUGAACCAGGAUGGCUUCCAGGACUUUGCAGUCGGAGCUCCUUUCCACGAAUCUGGAAGUGUGAUGAUCUGGACUGGGAGCAGUGAUGGCAUAUCUCCACAGCCAAGCCAGGUAAUCCAUGGCAGCAGUGUGUCUCCUAGGUUCAGGACAUUCGGGUACUCCUUGUCUGCAGGUGUGGAUGUCGAUGGGAACAAAUAUCCAGACCUGCUAGUUGGAUCUCUGGAUGACACUGUCGCUCUGCUCAGAUCUCGUCCAGUUGUCCAGCUGAAUAAAACUCUCAGAGUUGAACCGGAAAUUGUAGACCCGAACAGCUGCGACUAUUGUGUUCAGGUGGAGGUGUGUUUCUCAUAUUUGUUCAGUAGAGGAGAAAAUAGCGACAGAGACAACAUCACCGUCCACUUUACUGUCACUGCUGAUGUAACCAGCUCGAAGUCCCGCCUCCGUUUCCGUGACAAUGGACAGAGUGUGUUCUCUGGUUACCUGUCGAUGCCGAAGAGGCGGUGCCAGAAGCUGAGUGUUGGACUGCAGAGUUCGAUCAAAAACAAAGUGGAACCUCUAGUGUUCUCCUUGAACGCAUCUCUGUAUGAAAAAUUUCCAAGGAAAAGAACUGCAGUGCAGGACCUGAGGCGCUUCCCUGUGCUGAGCCAGACUCCCCGACCCACGAGAAAAGAGAUCCACAUCCAGAAGGCUUGUGGUUCUGACAACCGUUGUGAGAGUAAUUUGAAGAUGGCGGCCCAGUUUACCGAUGAGGACCAGAACCCCUUCACCAAGCAGGAUGGCAUUCAGGUGUUGAACUUCAACGGCAGCAUCAAGCGUUUGUUUCUGGAGGUGAACAUCAGCAACACGCCGUCUCCUGGACGACCAGCAGAAGACGCUCACAACACCCAUUUGAACAUGGACAUCCCGCCGUCACUGAUCUACUCUGGAUUUGAGACAAAGGGUGGGGAUCCGGCAGCGGUGGAGUGUUCUGCUGAGAAUUCGGUUCUCAUUUGUGAGCUGGGGAACCCUUUCAGAAGCAAACUGAAGGUUCAGGUGUUGCUCAAGUUCCAGCCAUCUGAGAUCAGUCUGGACACACGAGAGAUCCGUUCUCUGCUACGGCUGUCCACGCUCAGUGAACAGGCGGAUCUGGCUCCGGUCCCUGUCUCCAUGUUGGUGGAGUAUUCGCUGCAGACGUCAUUCACUCUGAUCAGUCCACCAGGCCCCGCCUCCUUUAGCGGUCAUGUGAUCGGUGAGUCGGCCAUGAGGACUACGAGGGACAUCGGCAGUCUGCUGCUCUUCACCUUCCAGGUGACCGUCCACGGGAAGCCGCUGGGUCACCUGGGCAACCUGGAGGUGGAGUUUGAUUGGCCGAGGGAAGCGACCAAUGGGAAGUGGCUGCUGUACCUGACAGAGAUCCGAUUAAACGGCACGUCGGAGUCUCGAUGCAAUCCACCCGGCGACAUAAUCAACCCCCUCAACCUCGUGCUGUCCGAGGAGAAGAAGAAGAUGAAGAGGAGUCUGGAGGAGGUGAAGGAGGAGGAGCAGAGGGUGGAAGGUCUACCUGUCUUCCACCUGCAGGCACAGAACAAGAAGCUCUACAAUCUGGACUGUGUCCAUGGUGCGACCUGUGUCAGGUUUGUUUGUCCUCUGAUCAACAUGAACAACUCUGCGACUCUGAUGGUUCAAGCCAGACUGUGGAACUCCACCAUGAUCGAGGACUACAGCGAUGCGAGGAGUGUGCUGGUUCGAUUUGGGGCGACUCUGAAGCUGCGGACCAACAAACCGACCAUCAACAUGGAGCCUCACAGCUCAGAGAUCCAGGUCCACAUUUAUCCGGAGUCGGGUUUGCAGGUGGACCCCAGUGCCCCCCUGUGGAUCAUUGUGGUGUCGGUUCUGGCCGGGGUUCUGCUGCUGGCUCUGAUCUGUCUGGUGCUCUGGAAGUGUGGUUUUUUUGUGCGUCAGGGGGUGUGGCCAGCGACUGCGCUCCACCAGGGGAGGAUUAUGGGUAAAGACGACCAGCAGCAGCAGUACACGGACGCCGACGGGUUCCUGAUCCAGAACCAGGGACGAAACCGGAGGUCACAGAAACAAUGGGUCACCUCCUGGACUGAGACUCACUGAGAGACUCCCAAAUCCACAGAAACACAUCCUGAACCAGGCCAAACUGGACCAGACCAGACCAGACCAGACCACUUUACACUAAAUCAGAUCAAACUAGACCAGAAUAAACCAAACUGGACCAAACCAGAUGAGACCAAACCAAACAGGAUCAGGCUACACUGAACCAGACUGAACCGGACAAAAACAGACUAGACUAAAAUGAGCUGUACCAGACUGGAUCAAACCAGUCCAGACCAGAACAAAGUGGACCAAAAACUCUUAACUUGUUUACAUUUAGUUCAGUCAUUUGGUGUGGAGAUGUAAGUUUUACAGCUGACAGCAGGUGAUUCAUGUUCUUAGUGUGAACCUUUUUGCAGUUUCAUUCAGCAGAUGCUUUUCUCCAAAGCAACAUGCAUCCCAGAAUCCUCCUGGGCUCUGAGCUGUAGCCUGAUUGUUGAUGAUCACUCUAAAGGUCUGAGUGCUGCUUUAAGGACCAAACAUGGCUGUCGGUGUUUCCAGUGUUUUCUGUCUUUCUGCUACCUUCAACGGCUCCUGUUAACUCUUAAAUCCCUGCUGACAAAUUCAUGUUACCUUCAGGUGCUGUAACAAAGAUACUUGUUGCUGUUGUCGACUCUUCUACAAACUGUGCGGAACUCCUGCAGCCUGUUUUUGUACACUUGUGAUAUUUCUGACUACACCUGAAAGCAGCAGUCUGUGUAGAAUGUGUUCAGGUUCUGUGGUCUGUGCUGAACUCUGCGUUUCUGUAUGUUGGUGACAUUAAAGUAUGUUUUGAAUAACUCA